UUGGGGUCGAGCGCCUGUGGUACCAGCACCAGGCGAACCCGCACGCGCCAGUGCGAACGCGUUCUAACGUUUUUCCGUUUUGCGGUAAGGUCUUCCUAAUUUCGUUGUUCAUUUUUCACGUUUUAUUUUGUCUUUUUUUUUUUUCAAGUUUACUUGUUUUGAGAGACAGAGAGCUUGUGUGCAUGGGGGAGGGGCAGGGAGAGAGGGGGAGAGAAUCCCAGGCAGGGUCCGUGCUGCAGCCCAGAGGCCAGUGCUGAGCUCGAACUCCCAAACUGUGAGAUCGUGACCUGAGCCGAAAUCAAGAGUUGGUGCUGAACCGUCUGAGCCGUCCAGGCUCCCUGCAUUUUGUCUUUUUUAAUGAGCAUUUUUUAGUUUUUGUGAUUUUAUCAUUUAUGGCAAAAUUGAAUUCUAGAAAAUUGAUUACACGGCAAAACUGCUCGAGAAGAGGUACUUCCGUGAGGAGAGCAGACACAGUUCGGGACCCCAGUGACCCUGGCCCUGUGUCCUUACUGCCGGCCCGCAAGGAGCCUCCCCCCACCGCGUGUCCUCCCCCGUCCUUUGCUGCACCCUCUCUACCACCUCUGUGUCCUCGUGGCUCUCUGUAGUUGUUCUGAGCAGUGAGAUCACUUAGGGGGGCUUCUCUCUGGCAUUUUCUAGAAACGAGGUGGAGAUGGUAUUUCCACAACUCGAACGUCCCCCGGCACCAGCCUAGAAGCUUCCUGUAGUCGUACGGCCUUGUUAUUCUCUCCCGCACUGGACUUGGCUUCUUCUGCUGCUGAACUUGGGUCACCCUCCCCGGCCCCACGCUGUCACCAGGCACCGAGACCCGUGGGGCACCGGGGCGGGCGGGAGCCAGGUUCACCUGCAUGGGUGUGUGGCCCGAGCCUGAAGUCACCACCCAUCUGCACGUGGGGCCUGACUCGGGCUGGCCUUUGAGCCCCACGCCUGCUGGUGCUUCCCUGGGUGGGGCUCACACCUCUGCCCAUAGUGAGGUGGCCCCGGGAACACACCCCGACCCCUUGAGGCUGCUCGUGGGUUUCUGAACCCAGGUCAGGUUUGGCAAAGCCACGCUUCCCUCUGAAAUCAUUUUCACAACAGAGGUUAGCGGUGGGCACGGGAGAAUCCAGGGCGUGACGCCAGAGUGCCUGCGGCGUCUGGCUCAGCUCCCCAGGGGUGCAAGGGCACUCGGGACCCGUGUGUACAGGGCAUAUGGCCCUGGGCCCCUCGGAGGACGUGCAAGCGUGCGGAAACACCGUCUGCCGAGGGCCACGCCGACCAGGGAGGAUCCGGCCGGAGACACCCUGGAUGCUUUCAGGAUUUAGGGGGAAAACCGAAGAAAGCCUAGUGACUGCACGGUUGGCUGUGGCCCGUUCCAACCCCCCUUCCCCUGCACUCGCUGACUGUGCGGGGCGAGGCAGGGCAGACAGGGCGACCCCACUUGGCCAGGGAACGUGGGGAUCCUGUGAGGCCUGGGAAGUGGUGCUUCAUCUGGGGCCAGUCGGGGCACUCACCACCAGGGAGGCGCAGAAGUCCUGGGGAGGCCAGGCCAGCCAGACUCGAGGGCUCUGAUUCAGCUGUCCUUGGUGGACACCUGUGUCCUUGGCAGCCAGCUUGCCGCCCCCGGCCCAGACACCUCAGGCCCGCUGCUGGCCCCCUGCUUGUCUUCUGAAGGUCAAGGUCGAGGGUGAGACUUGCCUCCCGGGGAGGUGGGGCGGGGCGGGGCUGGCCUGGGCCUGGCCUUGCUGCUGCCUCCUGCACCAGCCCUAGACUCCCGCACACACGCCCGCUCCCCUGCCACCACGUGUCCCGGGGUUGCUGCAGGCUGGGUCCUGCCCGGUCGAGCCCAGUCGGCAAAGGUUCGGGUUGUGAGGCACAUCCACGCUCGAGGGCGGGGACAGAGGAUAUGGGUCAGAGGUCACACCUGCACAGACUAAAGGUGAGCAGACCCGGGAGGUGCUGUGGUCGAGCGUGGCCUUCUGGCACAGCCUAGGCUCGCGGGUCAGGACCACAGGGCACCCGCCUUGGUGCAGAAGUGGAGGUCACAGCUGGAGUCUGGCAAGGGUGAGAGCCACGUGGGUCCCAUGGGCCGCAGGUACGUCCCUGCUGUGGCCGGUCUGCCCGAUGUCCCUGUGGCCGGCAUCGGGCGGGGGACGAGUGCAUCCGGUCCCUGCUCCGUGCUGGCCUCCCGAGGUGCCAUCUGAUCCCAAGGUUGACACCGGUGGUGUCGCGGGUCCUGGCCACCAUGGCUCCCAGCCAGGCCUCGGGGCCGCCCUGGCACGCUGUCCCCAUGCUGAGAGCAGGGGUCCUGAGCAUCCAUGCUCAGUCCCAGCUCUUGGCACGUCCUCAGCCCGUCCGUACAGGUGUGUGACCAGGAGUGUGUCCUCAGUGACCUGUCGGGGGGUGGGGGGGCCGUGCCUGAGUCGGUGCCAGUGCCCGGGAUGUGGCCUGUGGGGACUGGCAGAGGGGGCCUGGGGGACAGCCCCCCCCCCCCCGGGUCCUGUGUGGUGCAGGACAGUGGUGUGUGUGUCCCGGUCUGCAUCCUGCGGUCCCCCUCUCGGUGGCCCCCUCAGAAGUCCACUCUCCCUGCACAGUCACAGAGGCCCAGGAGGCCGUUGGGAGCACGAGACAGGUUUGCAGGACUGGCGGCAGACUAGCCCCCAGGGCCCCGGCCUCGCACCUCGCACCUCACACCUCACGGACACUGGUAGCGCCUGGGGCGGGGUUCCCACGUGCCAGGAGGACCUUCAGGUCAGACUUUGACCCCGGCGCAGGCUUCAGUGGUCGCCAAGGAUCAGGAGCCUAAGAGCUUUGGUUCGAGACAAUUAAAGACGUGGGAUGAGGAUCCAGUGACAGGACGCGGUUCUGCCGGGGGAUUCUGAAGAUAAAACGCUUUGAAAAGUCGAAUUCAUGGUCGUGGAAGCUGAGCCCAUAUUAAGAAAUGUCAGGCGUCCGACCCCCGAUCAUGAACGGGCCCAUGCACCCCCGGCCCCUGGUAGCGCUGCUCGACGGCCGGGACUGCACGGUGGAGAUGCCCAUCCUGAAGGACGUGGCCACGGUGGCCUUCUGUGACGCACAGUCCACGCAGGAGAUCCACGAGAAGGUGCUGAAUGAGGCGGUGGGGGCGCUGAUGUACCACACCAUCACGCUGACCAGGGAGGACCUGGAGAAGUUCAAAGCUCUUCGUAUCAUCGUUCGGAUCGGCAGUGGUUUCGACAACAUCGAUAUCAAGUCAGCUGGGGACUUAGGCAUCGCGGUCUGCAACGUGCCGGCGGCGUCUGUCGAGGAGACGGCCGACUCCACCAUGUGCCACAUCCUCAACCUGUACCGCAGGACCACCUGGCUGCACCAGGCGCUGCGGGAAGGCACACGGGUCCAGAGCGUUGAGCAGAUCCGGGAAGUGGCUUCCGGAGCGGCCAGGAUCCGUGGGGAGACCUUGGGCAUCAUCGGACUAGACGGCACGGAGCGGGCGCUGGGGCUGCAGCGGGUGAGCACCCUACAGGACCUGCUGUUCCACAGCGACUGCGUCAGCCUGCACUGCGGCCUCAACGAGCACAACCACCACCUCAUCAACGACUUCACCGUCAAGCAGAUGCGACAAGGCGCCUUCCUGGUGAACACAGCCCGGGGCGGGCUGGUCGACGAGAAGGCGCUGGCCCAGGCCCUGAAGGAGGGGCGGAUCCGGGGCGCAGCCCUGGACGUGCACGAGUCGGAGCCGUUCAGCUUUAGCCAGGGCCCCCUGAAGGAUGCGCCUAACCUGAUCUGCACCCCCCACGCGGCCUGGUACAGCGAACAGGCCUCCAUCGAGAUGCGGGAGGAGGCAGCCCGGGAGAUCCGGAGAGCCAUCACAGGCCGGAUCCCCGACAGCCUGAAGAACUGUGUCAAUAAGGAUCACCUGACAGCGGCCACCCACUGGGCCAGCAUGGACCCGGCUGUGGUGCACCCCGAGCUCAACGGGGCCGCCUACAGCAGGUACCCGCCGGGCGUGGUGGGCGUGGCCCCCAGCGGCAUCCCAACCGCCGUCGAAGGCAUCGUCCCCAGCGCCAUGUCCCUGUCCCACGGCCUGCCCCCUGUGUCCCACCCGCCCCACGCCCCUUCUCCCGGCCAAACCGUCAAGCCCGAGGCAGAUAGAGACCACGCGAGUGACCAGUUGUAGCCCGGGCGGAGCUCUGCAGCCUUGGCGCCCUCGGACGGGUGGUGGCGGAGGCGGCGUCUGCGAGGCCACAGCGCUCCAGAGACUGUCCGGGCGCCGCGCGGGCGAGAGGCCGCUCCGCCCUCCCCGCGUCAGCCGUAGUCGUCCUUCCCCGAGGGCCAGCCGCUGUCCUGUGUUCUUUGCGUCCUCGUUAAGCAAAAGAAGUUUAGUAGUUAAUUCUAUCAUGAAUGUUCUUGUCCGUGUACAGUCUUUAGAACAUCACAAAGGAUCGGUUUGCUUAGCUGUCUACAGGGAGAGAGCCCGAGGGGCCGUGCUCCGCAGGCCGGGCUGAGGCUGCGGCCCGAACACACCCGCGACCAGGCAGUUGGGCAAACUUCUCAGGACAACGACUCCUUCCCGUUUUUCUUUCUACGCCACACAGUGCAUUGUUUUUUCUACCUGCUUGUCUUAUUUUUAGAAUAAUUUAGAGAAACAAAACAGAGGCUGUUUUUCCUCAUUUUGGCAUGAACCCCCUUGUUCCAAACGAAGAUGGCAUUGUAAGUGGCUCGGAGAGAAGAGGAGGGUGUGGCGCACAGCGCGCUCCGGCCGUCGGCACCGGUCCCGGGACGUGAGGGCGCAGCGCCCUGGCCUGCGCGGGUGCCGUCCUGCUGACGUGGUAGGCUAGCAAUAUUUUGGUUAAAAUCAUGUUUGUGACUGUAACCAUUUGUAUGAAUUAUUUUAAAGAAAUAAAAAUCCCAGAAAGA